AUGUCUCGUAUGAAGCUUAGCAAAGACGAUAUUACGCCAAACUUCUUUGCUGCAAUGAGGGGUGAAUUCCGGGGAGGAUACAAAGACCAACUCACAAUUCAAGAGAUAUUAGUGCACUGUUUUGCCAUGAUGGCAAAAUCUAACGCCAUCACUUGUGCACGGAGGAGUAGUGAGCACCACCGUCAGGAUGCCAGGCGCAUCAUUCUCCAAGAGCAGAUGAGCAAGUCAAGGGGCAGCAACAAUAGUCAGGCUUCAUCCCAUGCUCCAUCUAUAGUCUCAGUCGACUUUGAAGUGGCGAUUGAGGCCAUUGGUGUGGGAGUCAGUGCUGAUGUUAGCGAGUUUGAUUGGGCAACACAGAGGAACUCCCUAAAACUGGGAACAAGCAGAUCGAAGGAGUUUUAG